CUCUCUAGGACCAUUUUUUCUUAAGCCCAACCAAAACCAGAGAACUCUUCCACCGCCGCAGUUCUAAAACCCUAAUUUAUCGGUUUUGGUCGAAACAAUGGCCACUGAGACAAAGAUAGUUGUCUUCUGGGACGUAGUAGAAUGCCCACUCCCUGAUGAUCUCUUGCCUUCUUUGGUUUCUGGGAAUAUCGAACUAGCUCUACAGAGACAGGGUUAUCUUCCUUGUAAUGUGUCAAUCAGGGUUUAUGGUAAGAAGAAUUAUGAGUUCAAGGAUGAGUUUCUCCUCGCUAAUAUCAUGUUCUUGCCCGCAGGAGAUGCAAGUGCGAGAUGUAAAAGGAUGGUGAAGGAUAUUGAUAAAUGGGCAUUGGGCAAUGGUAAAUCAGAUUUGAUGGUAAUCUCACGAGUCAACACGGAGUUGGCCACUUAUCUCGCAGAUUGGAAAGCCAAAGACUUCAAGAUUCUCGGGGCAAGGCCAGAAAACGCACCAGGCAAAUGUAGCAGCUGCAAAAUGACGACUUUGGACGAGCUUUUCACUCAAGAAUGGGUCUGGGAAAGCCUAUCAGUUGGAGGAGACCCUAUCACCAGAGCAGCAGAGCUUAGUUAGUUAUUGAAACGUUUAAACCGACUCACCUAUGUACAACCAGUAAAUCGAUCUCAUCAUGUAUUUUCUUCUUCGUAUUAACAUUUUUCCUCUGUUUCUCAUUAAUCAGACGUGCAUUUUUAAUCAAAAGAGUAAAUCUUGUUAA